AUUUGGGCUUGGAUUUGAAAUUCUGGGUAUUUCAAAUCCAAAUUUCAUGUUUGGGCUCAAUUUUGGGCCAUGAUUUUAAAUCAAGUCAUUUUAUACAAUGGAUUUGAAAAGCCUAAAAAGAUGGAUUUCAAAUUUGGGCACCAUACUAGGAAUUUGCCAAAUCCUCACCCACGAAAUCCAACCCAAAAAAAACCCCGACUCCUCUUUUUCUCCUCUCUCACGCCGCUCGUGUCAAAGUCCCGACUGCGAACUCGAUCUCCAUCUCCAUCUCAAAGCUCGAUCUCGAUCUCGAUCUCGGUCUCGAUCCAUCCUUGUUUUCUCCUCUCUUUCGGUUGCUCUCCUCAAACUUCUGCAGUUUCUGAUUGGGAUUCAAGGGUUUGGUGAUUUUGAUGGAUUCUUAGCUAAUUCAAAUAAGGAGUGCUUGUCUCAUCUCAAAGGUUUGCUGAAGCUUUAAGGUAAUGAAUCCGAUAUCAGGUGAAGGGUCUUCAUGCUUGUGUUGCUUCUCUCGGCAAAUUCCGGGAUGUCAGUUUGGGGAAUGAAACAGAAUUGGUAUCAGAACGCUAUGUGUAAUAAUUAAGAUCUUAUUUUUGCUAGCUAGCCUUCAUUCUGUUUUGUUGAUACUCUGAAGUCUGUUAUUGCCAUUAUUCUGUUUUGUCUGAUUCUGUUUGCUGGGUUGUACUGUGCUUGCCCUUUAAUAUUCACGAUGUAAUUAAUAUAUGUAUUUUUGCCAGCUAGCCUUUCA